CAAACCACUCAACAGUCCGUUCUGAUAAUUGGCCAAUUCUUUUUUUUCAAAAGCGCAUUGGUGCCGUUUGGAAUCAUUGUUUGCGCCAGUGCUGUAUAGUGUAGGUAUUAGUAUCAGGAUGGUGAACCGAGGCCUAUCAGCGACGAUGUUGCUAGCAGCGUUAACCGUUUUGCUUCAGACAAAUGAUGUGCAUUCCAUCGUCGGAGGUCAUACAACGCUGCCAGCGGAGGCACCAUACAUCGUCUCGGUUCGAUCGGUUUCCGGAUCCUCACACCUAUGCGCCGGUGUACUUGUGAAGACGAACUGGGUCCUAACAACGGCCCGCUGUACCAUUGACCAAACGGAGGCCAAUCUAGUCGUACUCGCUGGUUCUCAACGUCUGCUGACGAAUAAGAAACCACUAGCGAUUAGCUCCGUAGUGCGCCAUCCGUCCUAUAGUGCAACAACCGGAGCGCACAAUUUAGCGCUCUUACAGCUUACAACUCCCAUAACCGUGUCAUCACGCUUGGGAACGAUUGAGUUGACCGAUGCAGCGGUUACAACAGGAGCAGUUACCGUAUUCUAUGGUUGGGGAGCCCUGCGUUAUGGAACCACCAGCUUCUCGAAUGAAUUGCAAACACUCUACCAGCGGGCCCUAUCGACAACUGAUUGUCGGGCUCGGCUUUCAAGCCUUGUAGAAGGCGACAUAUGCGCAAUCAUACAACCAGGCCAAGCAGCUUGUACUAGGGACGAAGGAGGACCACUUGUCCUUCAGAGCACCAAGAAACUGAUAGGUAUCUUUAGCUACGGUACGCAGUGCAGUGGUGUUGUGCCAGAUGUUUUUGUCGACGUUCAAUCCCACAGGGCAUGGAUAGUCCAAACAGCAGUAUAAUUGCUGAAUUUUAAUUAAACAAAACAGACUCUUUCAGAACACAUUGAGGAGAGUGAAGCUUUCAUAAAUAUUGUAAUAGAAAUUAUCUGCCAAGUAAAUGCAAUUUCCGACAGCCUAUCGGUAGUGGUGAAUGUAAUUCGUUUUUCUGAAAUGUUCGUCGUUAAUAUUUUGGCGAAAAGUUUGAUUCGAAGAAAAAUAUCCGAUCUUUAUAUUAUCCAAAAAAAAAUAUAUCCCACAUUUUGUGCGUCAGUUGCUAGGGACAACAGUUGCUUGGUGUGAUCGAUGUGAUAAGAAGUAGUAGAAUUAACCACAAAACCACGUAACAAAAAAUCGUUAUUUUGUUCUCAAAUAAGAAAACGAUAAGCAAUUAUACAAGAGUUUGUAUUA